CGUCUCUGCGUCAGCGUUUCUCUCUCCUCUUACUCUUUUCCUUUCCUUUGGUUCCUAGAGAGAGAAAGAGGAAAAACUCUUAUCGAAGAUAGAGAGAGAAUGUCUGACGAGGAGCAUCAUUUCGAAUCCAAGGCCGACUCUGGAGCCUCCAAGACCUUCCCUCAACAAGCUGGUACAAUCCGCAAGAACGGCUAUAUCGUCAUCAAAAAUCGCCCCUGCAAGGUUGUAGAGGUUUCCACCUCCAAAACUGGCAAGCAUGGACACGCUAAAUGUCACUUUGUGGGGAUUGAUGUAUUCACUAACAAGAAACUCGAAGAUAUUGUUCCAUCGUCCCACAACUGCGAUAUUCCUCAUGUUACCCGUACAGACUAUCAGCUAAUUGAUAUAUCUGAAGAUGGUUUUGUGAGUCUAUUAACAGAAAAUGGAAACACCAAGGAUGAUUUGAGGCUUCCCACCGAUGAAAAUCUGCUCGGCCAGAUUAAAGAUGGAUUUGCCGAAGGGAAAGACCUCGUUGUGAGUGUCAUGUCAGCCAUGGGAGAAGAACAGAUCUGUGCCCUGAAGGACAUCGGCCCAAAGAACUAAAACUGAAGGCAUCUCGAAUUUAGAUGCCUGCUCACCACAUGCAUGAUGAGCUCUCCUUGGACAAGUUCUGUAAGUUGUGCAGUUGAAACAUAUCUUAUUGUAUCUUUCAUUUCCAAAUUUAUGGUACAUUACAAUAUGACUACUACUAUAUCUUGUUCUCGCAUAUUUUUGGAUUUUUGGGUUGUAACGAAGACUAUGUUGUGUUACUUAUUAAAAAGAAAAAUUGAGACUA